AACCACUGGGCACGAGAUCGACCUUCGCUUCUUGUUCUUUGCUUUUUCGGUGGUCUCCCUGUUAUAAUCGGCGUUCGAGUCUCCAUCCCUUGCUGACUUGCCCCGGGGCAUUUGUCCACUCUCUCCCACGUUAUCUUACCUGGCGAGGAACCAUUCUUCUUUCAGGAAGCUCGCGCGGCGCACUAAGGGCCCCCCAAACAACCCUUUUUCGGAACCCAAGCACAUUCCGGGAAACCAUCGGACUCCCGAUCCCUGCCUGCUCCGAGUCUUACACCCACCCUUGCGGUUUGCACAAAGCGGUACAACUCGGCCGAAUAUUAAUAUUUCGUUCGUGAUCUUGACGAUUUAUACCGAAAGCGACAAUGGCGGAAACAAACGGCCAUGCGAACGGCGUCGCAACAACGUACGCCGAGGCCCAUAGCCUCCCUUCGCACUUCAUCGGCGGUAACAAGCUGGAGAAUGCUCCCGCUUCCAAAGUCAAGGAGUUCGUGGCCAGCCACAAUGGCCACACGGUCAUUACCAACGUGCUGAUCGCCAACAACGGUAUCGCCGCCGUUAAGGAGAUCCGAUCGGUACGAAAAUGGGCGUACGAGACGUUCGGCGAUGAGCGGGCUAUCAAGUUUACCGUCAUGGCCACACCGGAAGAUCUCCAAGCAAACGCCGACUACAUCCGCAUGGCAGACCAUUAUGUGGAGGUCCCUGGUGGCACAAAUAAUCACAACUACGCCAAUGUCGAGCUCAUCGUUGACGUCGCAGAGCGUAUGGACGUCCAUGCGGUUUGGGCAGGAUGGGGCCAUGCAUCCGAAAACCCAAAGCUCCCCGAAUCUCUCGCAGCAUCACCAAAGAAGAUUGUCUUCAUCGGCCCUCCUGGCUCCGCAAUGCGGUCGCUUGGUGACAAGAUUUCAUCAACCAUUGUCGCCCAACACGCGGACGUGCCCUGCAUUCCCUGGUCUGGCACUGGCGUCAGCGAUGUCAGCGUUGACGACAAGGGGAUCGUGACCGUUCCCGACGAUAUCUACCUCAAGGGAUGUGUGAACUCCUGGGAGGAGGGCCUGGAGAAGGCCAAGGAGAUCGGCUUCCCCGUCAUGGUCAAGGCAUCCGAAGGUGGCGGCGGCAAGGGUAUCCGGAAAGUGAUGGAUGAAGAGAACUUCCAGGAGCUGUAUAAGGCGGCAGCUAGCGAGAUUCCCGGCUCGCCCAUCUUCAUCAUGAAGUUGGCGGACAGCGCCAGGCACUUGGAGGUUCAAUUACUCGCUGAUCAGUACGGCAACAACAUUUCGCUCUUCGGCAGAGACUGCUCGGUCCAGCGGAGACACCAAAAGAUUAUCGAGGAGGCCCCCGUCACGAUCGCCAAGCCCACCACCUUUAAGGCCAUGGAGGACGCCGCAGUCCGCCUCGGCAGACUCGUCGGCUACGUCUCUGCCGGAACCGUCGAGUAUCUCUACUCGCACGCCGACGACAAGUUCUACUUCCUGGAGCUCAACCCCCGUCUCCAGGUCGAGCAUCCGACAACAGAGAUGGUCAGCGGCGUCAACCUGCCUGCUGCCCAACUUCAGGUUGCGAUGGGUCUCCCCCUUCACCGUAUCCGAGACAUCCGGCUUCUGUAUGGUGUUGACCCCAAGACGUCGACGGAUAUCGACUUUGAGUUCAAGAGCCCGGAGAGCGAGAAGACACAGAGGCGCCCGACGCCCAAGGGCCACACCACCGCUUGCCGUAUCACGUCCGAGGACCCGGGCGAGGGCUUCAAGCCGUCCAACGGUGUGCUCCACGACCUGAACUUCCGCUCGAGUUCGAAUGUGUGGGGUUACUUCUCUGUCGGUUCCGCCGGUGGUAUCCACAGUUUCUCCGACUCUCAGUUCGGUCACAUCUUUGCCUACGGCGAGAACCGCGCCGCCUCCCGGAAACACAUGGUUGUUGCCCUAAAGGAGCUCAGUAUCCGCGGCGAUUUCCGCACUACUGUCGAAUACCUAAUUAAGCUCCUCGAGACAGACGCCUUUGAACAAAACACAAUCACAACCGGCUGGCUUGAUGAGCUGAUCUCCAAGAAGCUCACUGCUGAGAGGCCCGACACCAUGCUCGCCAUUGUCUGCGGCGCUGUCACGAAAGCCCAUAUCACUAGCGAGGGGUGUAUCGCCGAGUACCGCGGCGGUCUUGAGAAGGGCCAGGUUCCCGCCAAGGAUAUCCUUAAGACCGUUUUCCCCGUCGACUUCAUUUACGAGGGGUACCGCUACAAGUUUACCGUUACACGCUCCAGUACCGACAGCUACCGCCUUUUCAUCAACGGUUCCAAGUGCACCGUCGGCGUGCGCGCCCUCAGCGAUGGUGGUCUCCUUGUGCUCCUUAAUGGCCGCAGUCACAACGUCUACUGGAAGGAAGAAGUUGCUGCCACGCGCAUGUCCGUCGACGGCAAGACAUGCCUGCUCGAACAGGAGAACGACCCCACCCAGCUGCGGUCUCCCUCUCCUGGCAAGCUCGUCAAGUACAGUGUUGAUAACGGCGCCCACGUCCGGUCCGGCCAGACCUUUGCCGAGGUCGAAGUUAUGAAGAUGUACAUGCCCCUUAUCGCCCAGGAGGAUGGUAUUGUGCAGCUCAUCAAGCAACCGGGCGCAACCCUCGAGGCCGGUGAUAUUUUGGGCAUCCUCGCGCUCGAUGACCCUAGCCGUGUUAAGCAAGCGCAGGCUUUCCUGGGUCAACUUCCGCAGUACGGCAACCCGGUCGUCGUUGGCAACAAGCCCUCGCAAGUCUUUUCUUUGAAGUACAACACGCUCGCCAACAUCCUUAUGGGCUUCGAUAACCAGGUCGUCAUGCUUGACACCCUGAAGGAGCUCGUCACGGUCCUUCGCGACGACAAGUUGCCCUACAGCGAGUUCUCGGCUCAGUUCUCUGCCCUACAUGCUCGCAUGCCCCAAAAGCUUGAUGCCCAGUUCACCCAGGCUCUGGAGCGUGCUCAGCAGAGGCAGGUUGAGUUCCCCGCCCGGAACCUCAUGAAGGUAUUCCAGAAGUGGAUCGACGACAACAUCCCUGUCAAGGCGGACGCUGAGCUGCUCAGGACCACCCUGGCACCGCUCACUGACAUUCUUGACCUCUACGCCGACGGCCAAAAGUCCCGCGAGCUGAACGUGAUCGCGGACUUACUGUCGCAGUACGCAGAUGUUGAGCGUCUUUUCUCUGGCCGCCGCUUGCAGGACGAGGAGGUGAUCCUGAAGCUUCGGGACCAGAACAAGGAUGACAUUCAGAAGGUUGUGCAGACCGUCCUCUCUCAUAGCAGGAUUGCCGCCAAGAACUCUCUGGUGCUCGCCAUCCUCGACGAAUACCGUCCUAACAAACCCAACGUUGGGAAUGUCGGCAAGGCCCUCCGGCCCGUCCUGCGGAAGCUGGCUGAGCUCGAGUCCCGCCAAACAGCCAAGGUCUCGCUCAAGGCUCGCGAGAUCCUCAUUCAGUGCGCCCUCCCGUCUCUCGAAGAGCGGACCGCCCAAAUGGAACACAUUCUUCGCUCGUCCGUCGUUGAGUCCCGCUACGGUGAAACCGGCUGGGAUCACCGCGAGCCGAACUUGGAAGUCAUCAAGGAGGUCGUCGACUCCAAGUACACCGUCUUUGACGUCUUGACGCUGUUCUUUGCCCACGAGGAUCCCUGGGUGUCCUUGGCCGCCCUGGAAACCUACGUCCGUCGUGCUUACCGUGCCUACAAUCUCAAGAAGAUCGAGUACCAAACCGACGAAACCGAUACGCCUGCCUUUGUGUCCUGGGACUUCGCCCUCCGCAAGAUUGGCCAGUCCGAGUUUGGGCUGCCCGUUCAAUCAGCCGCUCCGUCCACGCCUGCGACGCCGAUUGACCAGACCUUCUCGAGGAUCAGCUCCAUUAGCGACAUGUCGUAUCUGUCCCAGCGGACACGGGAGGAACCGGUUCGGAAGGGUGUCAUCAUCCCUUGCAAGUAUCUCGACGAUGCCGAGGAUAUGCUUUCGAGGGCGCUCGACACACUUCCCAUGCUAGGGAACCGCAGAAGGGUCGCAAACCCACUUGCCGCCCUCAGCGACAUGCGUCGGCCGGCCCCACCCCCUCGCCUUGACAGCAUGGAUGAGCUUUCUGCCGUGGUCAACGUCGCAGUCCGGGACGCUGAGGGCCGCAGUGAUGAGGAGACAUUGAAGGAUAUCCUGCCUUUGGUCGAGCAAUUCAAGGACGACCUCUUCUCCCGCCGUGUCCGCCGCCUCACGUUCAUUUGCGGUCGGAACGAUGGCUCGUACCCUGCUUACUACACCUUCAGAGGGCCCCAAUACAUCGAAGACGAUAGCAUUCGUCAUAUCGAGCCGUCUCUUGCUUUCCAGCUCGAGCUCGCCCGUCUCUCCAAGUUCAAGAUCAAGCCAGUUUUCACCGAGAACAAGAACAUCCACGUCUAUGAGGGCAUCGGCAAAGACGUCGAGACCGACAGGCGCUUCUUCACCCGUGCCGUCAUCCGCCCGGGCAGGCUCCGUGACGAGAUCCCCACUGCCGAGUACUUGAUCUCGGAGGCGGAUCGGGUGAUCAACGACAUUUUCGACGCCCUCGAGAUCAUCGGCACGAGCAACUCGGAUUUGAACCACAUGUUCAUCAACUUCAGCCCCAUCUUCCAGUUGCAGCCGCAGGAGGUCGAGCACUCGUUGCAGGGCUUCUUGGACCGGUUCGGCCCUCGCGGUUGGCGCCUGCGCGUGGCGAAUGUCGAAAUCCGUAUUAUUUGUACGGACCCCGCCACCGGGCAGCCUUAUCCCCUCCGUGUCAUCAUCACGAACACUUCAGGGUAUGUCAUCCAAGUUGAGAUGUACGCCGAGCGCAAGUCGGAGAAGGGCGAGUGGGUGUUCCACUCUAUCGGCGGUACUACCAAGAUCGGCGCGAUGCACUUGCUUCCCGUCUCGACGCCCUAUCCGACCAAGAACUGGCUGCAGCCCAAGCGGUACAAGGCCCACAUCAUGGGCACCCAGUAUGUCUACGACUUCCCGGAGCUCUUCCGCCAGGCGAUCCAGAACAGCUGGACCACCGUUGUCAAGGCACAACCUUCCCUGGCGGGUGACCAGCCGGCCACCGGCGAGUGCAUCGACUAUAACGAACUCGUGCUAGACGAUCAAGACAACUUAGCCGAGGUGUCUCGCGAGCCUGGUACCAACUCGUGCGGUAUGGUUGGUUGGCUCAUCAAGGCCCGUACGCCCGAAUACCCCAAGGGUCGCCGGUUCGUCGUCGUUGCCAACGAUAUCACCUACAACAUUGGCUCCUUUGGUCCCAAGGAGGACAACUUCUUCUUCAAGUGCACGGAGCUAGCCCGCAAGCUAGGUAUCCCGCGCAUCUACCUAUCGGCAAACUCCGGUGCGCGCCUGGGCCUCGCCAACGAGCUGAUGCCUCACUUCAGCGUCGCUUGGAACGAUGCCGAGAAGCCCGAGGCUGGCUUCAAGUACCUGUAUCUCAAGGACGAGGCCAAGCGUCGGUUUGAGAAUGAGGUCAUCACCGAGGAGGUCACGGAGGAUGGGGAGAAGCGCCACAAGAUUGUGACCAUCGUCGGUGCCGAAGACGGUUUGGGCGUCGAAUGCUUGCGCGGUUCCGGCUUAAUCGCAGGUGCCACGAGCAGGGCUUACAGCGACAUCUUCACCUGCACGCUCGUGACCUGCCGCUCUGUUGGUAUUGGUGCGUACCUCGUGCGUCUUGGCCAGCGUGCCGUGCAAAUUGAGGGCCAACCGAUCAUCCUCACCGGUGCUCCGGCGCUCAACAACCUGCUCGGUCGCGAGGUCUACACGUCCAACCUGCAACUCGGUGGCACUCAAAUCAUGUACCGCAAUGGUGUCUCUCACUUGACUGCCAACGACGACUUUGCCGGCGUCUCGAAGAUUGUUGAGUGGAUGUCUUUCAUCCCCGACAAGCGCAACAGCCCCCUCCCCAUUCGGGCGAGCAUUGACGACUGGGAUCGCGAUGUCGUCUACACCCCGCCGCAAAAGCAGCCUUACGAUGUCAGGUGGAUGAUUGCUGGCAAGCAGGACGAGGAUGGCUUCCAGCCCGGCCUGUUCGACAAGGACUCCUUCGUCGAGACUCUGGGUGGCUGGGCUCGCACUGUGGUGGUCGGUCGCGCCCGUCUCGGCGGCAUCCCCAUGGGUGUUAUUGGCGUCGAGACCCGCUCGGUCGAAAACAUCACGCCCGCCGAUCCUGCCAACCCUGACUCGAUCGAGCAGCUGACGAACGAGGCCGGCGGCGUAUGGUACCCCAACUCGGCCUUCAAGACGGCUCAGGCCAUCAACGACUUCAACCAUGGUGAGCAGCUCCCGCUCAUGAUUCUCGCCAACUGGCGUGGUUUCUCGGGCGGUCAGCGCGACAUGUACAACGAGGUUCUCAAGUACGGCUCUUUCAUCGUGGAUGCCUUGGUCAAGUUCGAGCAGCCCGUGUUCAUCUACAUCCCGCCCUUCGGGGAACUGCGUGGUGGCUCGUGGGUCGUCGUGGACCCGACCAUCAAUACCACGUUCAUGGAGAUGUAUGCGGACGUGGAGGCCCGCGGCGGUGUCCUUGAACCUGAGGGCAUCAUCGGCAUCAAGUAUAAGAAGGACAAGCAGCUCGAGACGAUGGCCCGCCUCGACCCUCUGUACUCCAACCUCAAGAAGCAGAUGGCCAGGGAGGGUCUGUCCAAGGAGGAGGCGGACGAUAUCAAGAAACAGAUGACGGAGCGCGAGCACCAGCUCCUCCCGGUCUACGCCCAGAUCAGCCUGCAAUAUGCCGACCUACACGACCGCGCCGGGCGCAUGAAGGCCAAGGGUGUCAUCCGCGAGGUGCUGGAGUGGCGCGAAGCCCGCCGCUUCUUCUACUGGCGCGUGCGCAGGAGACUCAACGAGGAAUACACCCUUCGUCGUAUCAACAACGCCACCGCGCCGGGUGGUGCCCACGCCAAGGACGUGGCCGCCCACGCGCUGGUCUCGGCCGAGGCCCGCAAGCGCCACCUGCACCUGCUCGAAGCCUGGUCCGGCAUCCCCAACUUUGCCACUGAUGACCGGGCCGUGGCCGAGUGGUACGAGGCCAACAGGAAGCUGGUGCACGACAAGGUGGACGCGCUCAAGAAGGAGGCCAUCGCCGCCGAGAUGAGGGAUCUCGUGCGCGUCGGCAGCGACGGCGCUGACGCCACCGACGGUGCUGCGUGGAAGGGUGUCCGCGACAUGCUGCGCGUGAUGCCGGUGGAGGAGCGGGAUAAGGUCCUUGAGUUUUUGAAACAGGUUUAGGUUUGCUUGGUUGGUGACGGCUGGGGGCGGUUUGGGUGUGGAAACAGUGGUUAGUUAGACUUGGGGGUUGGCGGGUAGAGGACCGGGGCGGCCUGUGUGAUGAUGGCUUGGCUUGGCUUGUAUGGUUAGCGUGGCGAGUAAAUGAUGAUUUUGCUAUUUGGUACUGCGUUUU